AUGGAGAUCUCCCGGCAGGAAGCUUUCACCAAGCUCAAACCACAAUGUGUGGAACUGAGUGCUGUCGGCUUGCGCUUCCGUGGGAGUCAAGCGUCUUCUAAUGAGGUCUUCAAGGCUUUGAAAUCCGUGUACGCCGUCCUGAACGAACUCGGCAAUAAAGAUGCCCUGGACGAAAAGCUCGCGGAGUAUGCAUUCUUCCCUCUUUGUCACGUCUUCAACGAGACGCAAAGAACACCAGUCAACUCUCUGGAGCUUGCUGUCAAAUGUCUGCAAAUCCUAAUCGAGAAAGGGUGGCGAAGACGCCUAUCUCCUCAAAUGGGCAAACAGCUCAUGAUACUUCUGACCUUGAUCGUGGGAGGUACGCCGAGCAAAGCCAACGGUAGCCAGCCCGCACAGGCUCGGCCAGCAGAACUGUCGAUUACCGGCUUCAACUGCCUUUCAGCUAUCUUUAAUGUCCUUGAAGGUCCCGAGGCCACCGCCACCAUCUACCACGAAGUUGGUACCGCCACUGUGGUCGAUCAAACGGUCUAUGUCCUGCUAGAAGGAAUUAGCGACGACCAAUCCGAUCAGCUGUGCAUUUCGGCGGCCAAAUCGCUCAUAGCUCUCUAUCAUCACAUUACUGAUAGAGUAGUACUGGCUAGUAUCAUGCCCCGGACAGUCUCAACCCUGACGAAAGUGAUAAGACCCACGACGCAGACGCGGCGCUCUUACAAGCUUCUGAGUCUUUGCCUUCAGAUCCUCACCUACAUGCUAAGAACAGUUCUCAACGAUCGAGCUUCAAAGGUGACCGAAAAACAAGAUAAAUCACAGAAGCCGGACGAUCCGCUUGUGCUUGAUGCCUCCUGGUUGAAAGCUACAGCCACGCAGAUCAAGCUUGCGCUUGCCAAUAUUAUACAGGUCAGACGGCACGAACGGCCCGAGGUACAAACAGCCCUUCGUGAACUAUGCUUGAUGGUGGUAGAAGAUUGUCAAGUCACGCUGCAAGAGUCGCUACCGAUCACUGUCGAGACCUUAAUCGUGUUGUCCGACAAAGACGAUAAGAAUAUACCGAAUGAAGCAUUCACAGCUCUUACCCACCACGCUACAACUUACCCAGUCGUGGUAGAUAACCUCAAGGAUUCUCUGCACACCUGGAUCACUUCGUUCCCACGGACUAUGCAAGGCAAUGACGAAACAGCGAAACAAUGGGCAGUUAGACAGAUAUCGACUGCCUUUCAGGUGUUGUCACACGUACAGUCGAGUUCCGAUAUCCUGGAAAGCAGCCUGGCGUCAGGUAUAUGUGAUAGCGUUGCUGCAGCCGUGAGCCACACAGUGAAUGCACUGCAGCCUCUCAGCACCUCUGCCAUACAAUCUCAGAACAUGGAAGUCUUGCAACAUGGACGCAGCGCCGUCAGUUUCGAACCCGUGCUUAUGGAACAUAAAAGUCAGCGCGACACACUGCGCGAUCUUCGAACCAUGGUCGUCAGACUGAGUUCCUCGGAAUCCGGCAACAGAAUCACACGUCUCAUCAUCAACCGACUUUACCAAGAGCACGGCAACGCCCUCAUUUCACCGCUGUGGCUUUCAUUGAACUUUCUCACGAGUAACCUGCAGGCUACAUCAGCCUUCGAUGACUUUAUAUCGCUCGACGAACUUGAACCCUCAGGCCAACCCGCAACCAGGACUGGAAUGAUCGAGGAACUGUACUACAUCGCACUGCCAGUCUUGAACGAGCCACUGGCCAAUGACUCCCGCGACUGGCGGGUACAGGCUCUUGCGUUAGAGGCCGUCGCUCUGCAGGCACAACAACUCGGCGAAGCCUUCCGGCCGGAAUUGAUGGAUGCGUUGUACCCAGUCCUCCAAUUACUGGCUUCGAGCAACUCAAGCCUUCAGAGACAUGCGAUGACGUGCUUGAACCUGCUCACGAACGCAUGCAACUACCAAGACGCCAGCACUAUGGUAAUAGAGAACGUUGACUACCUGGUGAACUCAGUGGCGUUGAAGCUGAAUACCUUCGAUGUAUCUCCCUAUCCGCCGCAGGUGCUGCUGAUGAUGGUGAAGCUCUGCGGUGCACGGCUGAUCCCCUACCUGGACGAUUUGGUGGAUUCCAUCUUCGGUAUCCUAGACAUGUACCACGGCUACCCCAAGCUCGUCGAGCUGAUGUUCCGAACACUAGCGGCCAUUGUCGACGAAGGAACCAGAACGCCCGCCGUGCUGGCAAUCAGUGACGGCAAAGGCAGCACCACCAAGCCCGACCACCGCAAGAAGAGAUACGAAAGCCUGCAGAUCUCCACCCUCGCGCAAGACUUUGCCCAACGACGAGCCAAACGCGCCAAACUCACACACGAGCUCCCGGACGAGCCCAUCUCGCACCCUCGCAAGCCGUGGAAGAGCUCACCCCAAGACGAACAACAACCACCCCCCACCGAAUUCGACAACACCCUCGCCGAGCUUCUCGACAAAGACGAAUCCGACGAGCCCCUCCCAGCCCCCAAGGAACCAGAGGACGGCGAAAAGCCGCUGAGCAAACCGCACACCCUGCUCCUGCACAUCGUCCGCUCGAUCCCUUCCUACCUCACCUCCCCGUCCCCGUACCUCCGACGCUCCCUCCUCACCAUCCUCACCGACGUCUUCCCAACCCUCUCCCCCAACGAAAACAGUUUUCUGCCGCUAAUCAACGACCUCUGGCCCACCCUCGCCGCGAGGAUCAGCUUCCCAUCCUCCCCAUUCAGCAGCACCAGCACCAGCACCAGCACCAGCACCAACCCCCAAUCCGCACCCACACCCCUAACCCUCACCACCACCACCGCAACCCCAAAUAACCCAGAAUCCCUCGAGGAAGAAACCUACGUCACCACAACCGCCUGCCACGCCAUCCGCACCCUCUGCCACGCAGCCGGGGACUUCCUGGCCUCGCGCGUGGAAUCCGAAUUCCCCCGCUGGGAGCGCCUGUACCGCCAAACGUGGACGAAAGUCCGGCACGACGCCGAGAAGGCCCUCGAGCGGCGGUCACGGCAGCAUCCACCCCUCCAUCCCGACAAAAGGCUUCUCGACAUCACUCCCUCAGAGAAUCACCCGCAUUCAGCCACAGCCACAGCCACAUCCACCCCAAAAUUCCACCUCAAUCUCACGCAAUCCCUCUCCCUCCACGCGACCAGCGCCCGCGCCUUCACGCCCCACCACGCCAUCUGGCGCGGUUUGCUCCCGCUCUUCAUUACCCUGCUCACGCACGUGCGGCUUCCGCUGAGGGUCGGGGAUACGAUCGCCCGGUUUGUGGUGGAGUGGGUGGUUUUGUUUGCGGGUGGUGGGGCGGAGGUGUAUGAGCGGUGGUCGGCGAGGAAGAAAUUGAGUGAUGACGGUGGUCGUGCGGAUCAAAGUGAUGAACGAUCUGCUGAUCUAGGGUCGAUUGAAGAGGCGCUGGAGGCGCUGGAGACGUGGAAUGCGGAUUUGACCUGGUUUCUCUUUCAGGAGCACCGGGCUCGCGGAGUUGGGUCGAACAUCCAACAAAAGACGAGGAGUGGUCCUUUGAUUUGUGAGGUGGUGGAGGAGCCUUUGAAGGUGUGGACCGUCCCGGGGACGGGGUUGAGGUUCGCAGGGUUGACUUUUUGA